AUGGCCCCCAAGACGGACAAGUCGUCGUCGGGCGCUGGCGCGGGUUCUGGCUCUGGCUCGAGCUCACCGCGGUUCCCCUACAACAUGCUCCAUCUCGGCCUGCUAGCGCUCGUGCUUGCGCUCGCUCUCCAUCGUCACGUCCUCGGUGGUGAGUCUCGUUCCUACUCAUCAACCCUCGUGGUCGCAUCACAAGCUUCGGGAAAUAGCCAGCGUGUAGAUGAGGCCGCGGAGGGAGCUACAUACAGUCGGCCAAGCGCAGGCCUGUGACGGGGAGCAGCCUCGUCGAUCGCCUGCCAAGUCGGAUCUCCGUCACCCGCGAUUGCGCAACCCUGGUCACACACAUAUGUGGAGCAUUUACGCCCAAGAUAGAUCAGUUCCAGUCUAUUCGCAUCUGCGAUGAUGCAUUCCGACCACCUUCCCAACGCCGUACACAUCUUGACAAAUCUUCAGUCUUGUGAAUUUGCCCGAUGGACAACUAACCUCCCAUAUGCACUUUCCAUCACAGAUGCGGGGGAUCGUCAUCACUGCCGUGCACUACUCAACGAAGGGAGAUGGCUCGAAUCGGCCCACCAAGUCUGGCAACCGGACGGGUGUAUGCUGCAUCCUUACAAGCCCAAGGAGGUGACCCAGUGCUUCGCCGACCGACAUGUCGUCUUUAUUGGCGACAGCACCGUUCGUCAAGUAUACUGUGGGUUGAUUUUAUGCAAAACCUUUCCCCCGGAGGUGAUCUUUUCUGAUGUGUGGAUGGUUCGUAUCCACUGAACAGACGCGAUGGUCAAGCAGGCCGACAAAUCGAUCGACACCACGGCCGAAAAGCAUUCCGAUCGCGUGCUUACCGUCAACGGCGUGACGUAUUCGUUCUACUGGGAUCCGUUCCUCAACAGCACCCGAUUCACGCAGCUCGUCGGCGGUACGUUGGCGUCAAACGUCGGAGGAGUGACCCCGACGCUCGCCGUCAUCGGCAGUGGCAUCUGGUACCUGCGACAUCCCGACUCGGGUGGAUUCGACAAGUGGAGUCAGCGCAUGGACGCCCUCUUCCUAGGGCUCGACCCCGAACGUGCGGCCAAGAUCGCCGAUGCAGUCAUUCUCAUGCCCGUUGAGAAUGCGCUCGAAUCGAAACUCUCGCCUGAACGCGCCGCGACAGUGCAUCUCGACGACAUCAACCAGAUGAACUCGGUGCUCGACAAGAAGCUGCACGAGCGCGCGGCGGUUCAAAAGACGUACUCCAUGCGCCCUACGUUGGCCAUUCCUCGUGUCUUCAACAAAGUCAUCGCCGGCCUCGACGAAGAGACCGACGACGGCUUGCACUUUUCCGACGCCGUCGUCAAAGUUCAAGCGACGAUCUUGCUCAACAUGCGAUGCAAUGAUGUUCUACCGAAAAAGUUUCCCUUCGACAAGACGUGCUGCAACUCGUACCCUACGCCGAACUGGGUUCAGAUCCUGGUCCUCGCGAUCUGCAUGGGCUGGGGACCGAUCGGACUCUACAUGCAAUGGAAAUGUGAGUCGACUUUGAAGCAAAGGCUAGCUGCAAUCUAAAAGACUGAAGAGACUACUCCCUUGCACUUUCAGCCGACAUUCACCCAUCGGCCUUGCGUUUCUUCCCCGAGGCCAAGUUUUUGGUGCCCCUCUCGAUUUUCGGCCUUUCGAUUGGCUUGCUCUUCCUCGCCGAUCGAACGGGCCUGUUCCUCAAGGAGAAUAAACAGUACGAUUCUUUAACGUUUGGAUUGCUGUGCGCUGCCUCUGUCGUCGCUGGUGUCCUGACGAUGAAACCCGCCGAGAAGGAUCUCGGGUUCCUCAAUCGCGACCAGACGGAUGAGUGGAAAGGGUGGAUGCAAAUCGCCAUCCUGAUCUACCACUACCUUGGCGCCUCCAAGAUCAGUGGCAUCUACAACCCGAUACGGGUGCUCGUCGCCGCUUACCUCUUCAUGAGCGGCUACGGCCAUCUCAGCUUCUUCCUCAAAAAGGCCGACUAUGCAUUUGCUCGUGUGGCCAACAUCUUGAUUCGUUUGAACUUGUUGACCGUCGUCUUGUCGUAUCUGAUGGACACGGACUACCUUUCAUACUACUUCUCACCCCUUGUCACCAUCUGUGAGUGCAUGCAUCACUUCGUCACGUUGCGGGGCCCUCUGACUCACUGACGCAUUUCUCUGAUAUUAGGGUUCGGCAUCAUCUGGGUCACCAUGUGGAUCGGACACCAGCACAAUGACAAGCCGGCGUUCUUGGUCUCUAAGCUAGUCGUCGCCGCCGGCUUGACCGCUGCCUACUUCGAGAUCGAAGGACCUCUGGAAGCGACGUUUACUAUCAUCAACACGAUCUUUGCGACGGCAUGGAACGCCAAGGAAUGGCGCUUCCGCGUCACGCUCGAUAUGUGGAUUGUCUGGAUUGGCAUGUUCACCGCGUACGCCUUCAUCCUCAUCAAAGACAAUCGCCUCAUGGAACAUCCGUCGUGGGCCAAAUGGCAACGAUCAGCCAUCAUCGGCAGUGCGAUAUCCAUGGUGGGGUACUUCGUCUAUGAGAUGUCUCGAGCGAACAAGUUCGUGUACAACGCAUCCCACCCUUACGUCUCUGCGCUGCCCGUCUUGGCUUUCGUCGUCUUGCGCAACGCGACGCCGUCUCUCAGGUCGACGUCGAGCAAGUUCUUCAUCUUCUUUGGGCAGUGCUCGCUCGAGACGUUCAUCAUCCAGUUCCACUUUUUCAUCGCUGGAGAGUGAGUCCAUUCUUCUGCGACUUCAAGUCGUGGUCGCGAUGUACAGAAACUGACGAAAUUCUACCUAUUUUCCCCUCCAGCACUCGAGGCAUCAUCAUGAUGAUCCCUGGAGGUCCUCUCUUGCGACCCAUCAACUUCACCGUCACUUCGAUCAUCUUUGUCUACAUCUCGAACCAAGUCGCCACCGCAACGGGCUCCCUGACCUCUUGGAUCUGCGCCCCUGCCGCGAACCCGAACGCAGGUCGACUCCCCAUCGCCAAUCUCAGCGCGAGUGUGCCUGCAACCGCUCGAGCACCGGCAGGAGCACCUUCGGAAUACGUCGCUCUAGCAACCGUCGGGGAAUCGUUCGAGGUGGACGAGAAGGAUCCUCCGAUCUUGACACCUCCACCUGCUCCGGAAACGGUCGUAACCAAAUUCGGGAACUACGUCAAGACCGAUCUCAAGCUUCGGUUCCUCGCCAUCAUUGUUGGGUUAUGGUUCUUGAAUGAGCUUUGUGAGUCGUCAAUUACCUUUCAUCGCCCAAGCUGCGGCAAUAGCCCCUGACAACGUUCGGAUUUUGCCUUUCAGACCCGUCAUAA